AUGACGUUGUUCCAAUCACGCGACACUAGCACCAGUGUGAGUGAGUUAAACUACUUGCCUUGCGAUUUUCUUCUCAGUGUUCAGCAAGCAUUGAAACAAUAUUGCAACAUGCUGAAUCUCGUUUUGUUAUAUAGUACUUUGGCUGUCCAUUCGGCCUGUUGUUUCCUUCACCAAAAUUUCUGACUUUCGUUUGUUCCAGAUAAAUAUUAAUGUGUUCUGUACUUUCCAUCAUUUUCUUUCUAUCUACUAACUAGAUUUUUAGGUUAGGUUCUACGGGUUUUCUUCUUGUGAAAGUGUCUGAUGGAAACAUGUGAUUGUCGAAUCAAGAGAGUAUGAUGGACUAUCGCAAGAACUAUAUUUAGAAACAGAUCGUUCUCUAAUGCGAUUAACAAAUAAAAAUUACACAGUGACACACAUUUGUUGUACUUGAUGCUCUUCGAGCAAAUUAUGUUAUUCUAUACAAUUUUCGUUUUCGACAGAGUUGCUCCUCUUCAUUUUUGAGAAAGUCAUAUUCAAUGAAGUACAAAAAGAAUACGUACUGUUAAAAAUAUACAUUCUUUCUUUGCAUCAACAUUUAAUUAAUGUUAAGAAACAUCAAAUAAAAAUGUAACAGCCAAGUGACUCGCGAAAAUUUUUUGACAAAGUAAAGAAGGUACCAUCUUUCGAAAUAUAUUCUUUCCUUACGUUGACACGUAAUUAGUACUAAAAAAAAAUUUUACAAUUCACAGGCUAGGAUCUAUCUAUUCGAGGAAGAUCGCAAGUUCGCACAUGUCCGAUAUUAAUAAGAGAUCGUCUCAUCUUCAACCGUGUCCUACAAGCUGGCGAAAGAAAGCAGGGUUUUCUAAAAAUACAGUGGGGAAAUUCGUAUCACUUAUGGGGAUGACCUGAUAAUCAAACGAGCGCUAGGCCGAUGUGCACGCCAGGCAUAAAUAUUUUCCGCCAAUCUAUUUUUUUCUCUCUCACCCUUUGUCGUCACGGCCGUACGUAACUAACACCUACACAACUAACACGUACAUACAACGUGCAGCCCCGUUCAUAAGUAUUUAUUCGGCCAGCUACUGAAAGUGAGAUUAUUCUCAUGAAUAAAUAGGAAACUAUGUAUUCAGGAAUUAUAUUUCUGGUUUGAAGCCUCUGUGUAGAGAAAAUAGAGACUGCGGAAUCUCUUUAAAUAAACACUGCAAUGUUCGACGUUUCCUCGUGCGACGCGUUAUUAAUUUUUUCCAUCGUUCCAUCAAUCGUUCUUCGUUUCGAAUUUCAAUUCAAUUUUGCGUUUUAUAUCUAUUUCAUACGGAACUUUUUCAAUUUUAAUCCUGAAAUUCAACACA